GGGGCGGCUCGGCCUCCCCGGCCACGGGGCUCCUCGCGGCGGGCGUCGCCAUCUUGCCGGCCUUGCGGGAGCUUUCUCUGUCGCGGGAAGCAGAAGCGGAGGCACUUCCGUGUCAGCGACGGCGCUUCUACGGCUGACGCCACGCCCUCCUCGGGGCCCCGCCCCGGCGCUCCUCUGACUGCGCCUGCGCGCACGGGAGCCUCACCCGCCCGCCCCUGGUCUGAGCCGGCGAGCGCCUCUGAGCGCGUGCAGAGUGCCCUUCCCGCCGGCCCGGCCCCCCUUCGCCCUGCUGGCGCUGAUCCUAGGCCGGCGGUGGCCACAGCGGGAGGGCCGGAGGUCGCGCCCUGCUCGCGGCAGGCCAUGGGUGACCGCUACCUCAAGCGGCUGCGGGGCAGGGAACACCUCUGCCUGCCCGGCCAGAGCCCCAAGCGCCGAGCGCCAGACCUUGCGCCUGCCGGCAGGGUGGCGGCCGUCCAAAGUAAGGAAGCUGCAGAUGUCCCCCAGCGAGAGAAUGAAAGGCAGAAGGUGGAAGGAUCAAAGGCAGCACGGAGCAUUUUCCAGAUGGCUAACAAAGAAUUUGAAGACAAUGAGGGAGAUAGUGAGAGCUCCAGCCCUGCAGAAGAUGUGUCUCUAGAACACACAGAGCUCAGGACCUCUGAAGAAGCAGCGUCUCCUAAUCCCAUAAUUGGAGUGAUUGAGUUUGUAUCUGGGGGAGAUCCAGCGGUGCCCAAAAGCCAGUUACCAGCGGAAGAGCAGCGACCUUUGGCUCCUUCUGCUGCGGAAGUGGCCAUGGCUGCUGAGGACAUAAAGCACUUCAUGGAAGAGUUUGACACGGACCUGGCAACUGUGACUCAAGCUUUUUUGAAAAACAGUGGGGAAGUGGCAGCUGUGGCAUGUUGCCUGCGCACUGGGCAGUGCCCAGGCGGUUGUCCUCUUUGGAGCAGGCAGGAUGAUGUGCAUUUGCUGAAGAGGGAAGAUGACCUCAGAAGCACGCUGGUGGCAAAAUACGGAGCAGAGAAUGUGAACAAGCGAGAGGCAUUCAGGAAAAGUUAGCUUCUGGCAGACAUGGUUGCUCCCUCCUCUUUCUCACACAGGUGUCCUUUGGAGGAGUUUUUGAGCUUCAGGCUAAAGGGAAAGUCUCUGGAGGCCAGCAGCUUGCAGCUUUUCUCUGCCGUGACUGAAAAGGAAGCAAACUCUUUGUUCCUUUCCAAUUUUUCUUCUCUUGACCUCUGUUUGUAUACAAAGCUUUUCUUCUUCAGGAGAUUUCUGUGGACUUAGGAAUAAAAUUCUGUCAAUCUUUUAACCUUAUACAAA